AGAUGGCGGCCGCUUCGCAGAUUCUACCUCUGGAGCUCGUAGACCGGUGUGUGGGCAGUCCAAUCUGGGUAGUGAUGAAGUCCACCAACAGGGAGUUCACAGGGACGCUCCUGGGCUUCGAUGACUUUGUCAAUAUGGUCCUGUCGGAUGUGACCGAGUAUGAGAUGACACCACAGGGCAGAAAGGCGACGAAGCUGAAGCAGACCCUCCUCAAUGGAAACAACAUCGCUCUGCUCAUCCCGGGAGGUGAAGGUCCAGAAGCAUAGAGACGUAAUUCCAAAGGAGCUCUUUCUUCGUCUAUGACCCAAUCUGGGACUG